GUCCCCGCGGCAGCGGCCCCGGCGCGGCCCCAGCCGGCUGUGGGGGCGCCGCGCCGGGCCCUGAGCGCCCGCCGCCCCGCACUGCCGCGGCCGGAGAGGCCGGAGCGCCCCGGCCGACCAUGGGGAUCCUCUUCACCAGGAUAUGGAGGCUCUUCAACCACCAGGAGCACAAGGUGAUCAUUGUGGGCCUGGACAAUGCAGGGAAAACCACCAUUCUGUACCAAUUCUCCAUGAACGAGGUGGUCCACACGUCCCCCACCAUCGGCAGCAACGUGGAGGAGAUCGUGGUGAACAACACGCGCUUCCUCAUGUGGGACAUCGGGGGGCAGGAGUCCCUGCGCUCCUCCUGGAACACCUACUACACCAACACCGAGUUUGUGAUCGUUGUGGUGGACAGCACAGACAGAGAGAGGAUCUCUGUGACUAAGGAAGAGCUGUAUAAAAUGUUGGCACACGAGGACUUGAAAAAAGCAGGUCUGCUGAUCUUUGCAAACAAGCAGGAUGUGAAGGAGUGCAUGACAGUGGCUGAAAUCUCCCAGUUCCUGAAGCUCACGUCCAUCAAGGAUCACCAGUGGCACAUUCAGGCCUGCUGUGCUCUCACUGGAGAGGGACUGUGCCAAGGACUGGAAUGGAUGAUGUCAAGGCUUAAGAUCAGAUGAUUUUUGGUGCCCCCUUGCACAGACAUUGCUCCAGGGAGCGGUUCCCGGCAGAGGCGGUGGGGUGGAUGGAUUUACCCUGAACUGACUGCAACUGUAUUUUCUACAAAGCUGCCCCUCCCAGUGGACAGGAAGGACCAUCCCCAGAGGGAACUGCAGCCCUGGCUCCAGUGGGGUUUGGUUUGCUGGGAGGAUCCCUUUUCAGAGCUGUGCCCAACCUUGAGAAGCUGCAGCCCCUCGGGACAGCCCAGCCUCGGGCGUGGGGAAGAUGAAGCAAGAGGAAAGGAGCUUUUAAUUUAGAGUUUUAUUAUCCUGUUGUAGCCCUCUCUAGUGGAAGAUGUUGGCUUCAUUAUUCCAGUAAAUCAGCAACAAAUCACUGGCUUAGGUAUCAGCUCCUCCAGUAUUUUGAAGGUUACCGAUGUUACAAACGCAACCCUGUUUUCCUGUCUGUGAACUGUACAUAUUUGUGUAUAUUUAUACCUCAUCUCGAGUUCAUUGCAGUCCGUUCAGAGCAGUGUGUGCAGCUGGCUCAGUGUGCUGGCAGCAGUUCUGACGUGUGACAUGGCCCUGGUCCCGUGUCCCAGGUCCCUCCCUCUGUGCCCACCACUCCUUGGCUCCCACAGCUGGACAGACCCACCCUCCCUUCGGCCCAGGGCUGCUUUUCCACAGGAUUUUUGGGGGAGGGCUGGGCUGGGCUGGGCUGGGGCACACGUGGGUUGAGCUCUGAAUGGAGGUGUUGGCCAACAGGACAGGUUUGUUUCAAACCAGGUGGGUGUUCCUUUCCCGGUGUUUUGGGGUGGUGCUGCAGGGGCACGUCCUGCCCACUGCUCUCCUUUGCAGUCUGCUUGAUUCAGGUCUAAGAGCACCUUUAGCUCUCAAAAAGGGAAAAACAUCUUCUUUUUUUUUUUAUAAACCAAAGAGGAGGCACAAAAGUACGCUGGACAGGCCCAUUGGAGUCGUGUAAGUCACACUCUAAUGAAGUGUUUUGCAGAGGAAAAGCUCUCUUUGCUACAUAAAUGUGCAGAUUUAUCAAUAUGCAGUGGAGGGAACUGCAUGGGGACAACACAUGACACUACUUGGAAAGCUCUAAGUGAGCCACACGAGUUCCAGGUGAAAACAGAACUCCCUGCAUGGUCCCCAGAGCACUUUUGGAACACUAGGAUGGCCUUUCCUUGCUGUAGCACCUGAUGGGCUGCCUGUCCCGUGCAGGAGGUGUCCAGAAUUCCCAUUUUAGAGGAUGGAGGCAGCUGGGAUGGUGGUUGGACCUGUCAGUGUUGUGGGAGUGCACGUGGCCUUAAUCACAGGCUCUUCUGUGGGAGGUGCCUGGGGAGGACAGCAGAAUGAAACCACCCCGUGCUGAGGGUGUCCUUCCCUUCCUGAGGGGCUGGAAAAGGCAUUUCACAGGAAAAGCUCAGCUGGAACUCUUCAAGGUGCUUCUCUCUGGGAUAACCUGGCUGAUGUUCCUGCCUCCCCAGUGGAUCCUGGGGGAAAGGGAAGGGAGGCAGCCUCAAAAGUCGGUAUUUAACAAAAAGGCAGGGAAAGAAUUGACCUUUUUAAUCUAUUUUUGGUAUCUCUGAGGCUCCCUGGCCGGGGGGGCUCUGCUGUCUCUGUCAAACAUUAAGGUGUACAUGCAUAUACCCAUAGUGCAUGCACAUAGAUCUCGGUAUUUAACUGGUGUAUUGCAAAAUGUAUCAAUGUUUGAAGAAUUAACAAGUUCCUGCAGAGGCUCUCUCCGUUUUCUCUGACAGUAUCUACAAGAGCUCUGUGCACACAUGAAAUGGAAUUGUACAUUUUCUAGUCUGGAAAAGAAGAAAAAAAAAAGAGCAGACUUUGCUUCUAAACCCGA